UCUCAGACAAAAUCGCCACCAUUGAUAACCGGAAAAUGCAGUACCAAGCCCAACAACAAUACGGAGCAUCCUCUUCGUCCUCUUCUCCGAUGCGGCGGAUAGAGCGGAUGGCGGCGGAGAACGCGGUGGUGAUGUUCAGCAUCAGUUCAUGCUGCAUGUGCCACGCGGUGAAGCGUCUAUUUUGUGGAAUGGGAGUGAACCCGACAGUGUACGAGCUGGACGAGGAUCCACGUGGCAAAGAGAUAGAGAAAGCGUUGAUGCGGUUAAUGGGAAGCUCCUCCUCCUCCGCUGUCCCCGCCGUCUUCAUCGGUGGCAAACUUGUCGGCUCCAUGGAUAGAGUCAUGGCGUCUCAUAUCAAUGGCUCACUCGUCCCCCUUCUCAAGAACGCCGGCGCUCUUUGGCUCUAAAAUGGCUCGAAAAAGCUUGGAAUUUUCUUUGCCUUUUCGGUGGCUCAAGAGAUGGGUCUGUUUUGAACCCACUGAGAUGAAAAUAUUCUUCGGAAAUGGAAAUGAUUUGGAUUCAUGGAUGGCUGCAUGGCGAAAAUGGGAAAUAUUUUAUUCAAAUAAUUAAUAGAAAAAAAAUUAAAAUAACUAUUUUAAAGUUUUUUUCUUUUAAUUUAAUAAUAAUGGGUAAGACAGAAUCGAAAGCUUUGUCGUCUUCCUUGUCUGUAGAUUUGAGUUUCAUAUCCCGCCACCGCAAGCGCCGCCGUAAGAGGUGGUCGGAGCCGGCGGCAGCUUUCAGUGGGAACUGUUUUUUUUAAUUAUUAUUAACGUAUGAAGGAGACAUCCGUACAUAAUGUGGGACCCAUUUUCCUUUCUAUUAU